CUAAGACGCUUGUUUGAAAACCAAUCGUUCCUUAAACUGCGCAUGCGUAUUAGAUGUAAACAACUAGCGCUUCCGUUUGAAAUCUGUGACAGGAAAAAACGAUAUUUUUGUAAAUUUCGCUUAUAGACUAACUACUUAUAAAUAUCAUGGAUACAACAGACUCGGGAUAUCUCAAACUGGACCAAGAGUUUGACCGAUACCUUGCAGAGAUGAAGCCACAUGUGCUCAAACUGCCUCAUAAAACUGAUCGCCAGAAAUGUGCUGUAUGGAUUAAGAAACUAUGUGAGCCAACAUCUGGUUUAUCAGGAAGGAAGAACAGAAACAUGUAUGGUCAGCUGAUGUUACACAUGUUGAAGAGAGGUGUGUUAGAGGGACCAUUUACCAGUAAACCCCAGGACGGACCUCUGCCUACACUUCCUGCUUACAUGUCUAUAUAUUUGGAAGAUCAAACAGAGAGGAGCUUUAGUGAGACUAAUCAGGUUCCUGACUGGGUGAAUGGUGAAUUAACAACAACAGCAGGAAGUUCCUUGUUCAGGUCAACUAUAGGAAACCCUGCAGCACAUUCUACAUGGAGAUCUCCUCCUAACUCUCCUUCAAGGAGACCUCACACAGCUCUAGGUAUAGAUUCCGAGAAGGACUUUCUAGCCUCCUCCUCUCCACGAAAAGAUUUUCUCAGUCGACCAGACCCAGCUCCUUAUGCUUACGAUGACUUGAGUGUGGUUGGCACAAAAAGGAAUCCUCGAUCAGGAUUUAACUACCAUUCAGAUGAUGAAGACAGUAUACUAGGGGGACUAAAGUUAAAAAGAAAAGAUGGGAGAGGCCGGAGAUCCCCAGAUUUCACAUCCAAGGCUGAGACAACUGGCUGGUCAGAAGCCACAGCUGCCACAUCUACUACCUCAAAUCCUUAUCUCAAAGGUAUUACAUACACAGAUGAUUCAACCUUACCUCCAAAAAGCAGCAAAGAGGGUGUUGAUAUGAAAGUAAAGAUGGUUGAAGCCAAAUUUCAUGAGGAGAAACUUCGACUUCAGCAGAAACAUGAUGCUGCUGUACAGAAAAUUCUGGACCGUAAAAAUGCCGAAAUAGAAGAUGUUAAAGUUCAACACAGAAAUAAGAUGAAAGAAAUGGAGGAUCAUAUGACAAAGAUGGAAAAGAAAAUUCAGAAUUUACUGAAGGAGAGCCAGCAGAUGCAGGACACGAAGGAUCGACAGAUAGCCGAGAUGAAAAACCUGGUGGAGGAAACAAAUACCACAAAGAGACAGGAGUUUGAGAAAAAGAUAAAUGAUAUAGUGUCAGAAUUCGAACAGGAAAAGUUUGAUAUGCAGAAACAGCAUACAAAGAAUAUACAGGAGAUUUUAGAUGACACAAAUGCUCGUCUACAGAAAAUGGAGAGAGAAUAUAGUCAGCAGACUACAUCCACGCAAAAUGUGAUCAAGGAGUUGGAAGCAAGAGUUCAACAACUGAUGAAUGAGACAGAAAAUAUCAAGAAAUCUCGAGCACAGCUGGAGAAAGAGAAGACUGAAGCAGACUCUAGGAUUGAAAGAUUCAAGUCAGAGUUACGAACACAGCAAGACAAGAUGUUAUCAAUGGAGCAGGACCACCAGCGAUCCCUGGAGCAACAUGACCAGGACCUGAGAGGGUUGCAGCGGAAAACAGAGUCCAACAUUGAUUUUCUCAAGCAAGAACACAACAUGGCUCAAACCAAGGGACGUUAUUUUAAGGCUGCCGAGACUGUGUCCGAGUUGGAGAGUCAUAUUGACCAGCUGAAGCGUAACUUGAAGGACGCGGAGGAACAGCGCCAGAGACAGAUCCGAGAACUUGAGCAGGUCCAUAAACAGGAUAAAUUCCACAUGGACACUCUACAUGAAAAACAGUUGUCGUCUGCUAAGAAAGAGAUUGAUCAGCUGGAUGCAGAUCUUCAUAAGAAAAUCAAAAAUUUGGAACAGAUUGUCAGGGAUAGGGAAGAUGAAAUCAAGAGACUGUCAGAGAAGAAUCGCCACCAAGCCGAGGAGUCAGAGAAGGCAUUAUCUGCCUUCAAGGAACAGGUUGACAAAAACCAGACGCGUAUGUUUGAUGAUAUGAAACAGCAGAUGGCUCGUGUUGAAUCAGAUCUCAACAAAUCCAAGCUCGCAAGAGAAAAACAGGCCAAGGAGUUUAAUAGACAGAUUGAUGAGGAAAAGGCAAACCAUAAUAGAGAGGUGAUGGAAUUGAAGAUGUCAUUUGAACAAGAGAAAGCAACAAUGUUGAAAGAUUUCCAUCUACAGAAAGAGUUUAUCCACGGUGAACACGAGAAGGAGACGGAGAAUCUCAAAUCAUUACACAAACAGGAGGUCACAGAUCUCGAGAGAAGGAUGCAUCUGAGACAAGAAAAAGAUGCCAAGAAAAUUGCGAGUCUAGACCUACGAGAGCAGGAGUUACGAGAAGAAGUUGUGCAGUCGAACCAGUUGAGGAAACAACAGUUAGUGGAGCUUGGUUUGCUGCGUGAGGAGGAGAAACAGACCAUGCAAAGGGAACAGGAAACUGAGAUGAACAAACUUAGAUCUGAGAUGGAACAGCAAAGGUUAGAGUUACAGAAGACACAUAGUACAGAAAUGGAACAUGUUCUUGGAAAGACAAAUGACAGAUUGAAACAGAUAGAAAGAGAAUAUUCAGAGAGAGCUCAGAAAUCAGCAGAUACCAUAUCAGAAUUACAUGCCACUAUCAAUCAGCUCAGGGGAGAUAUGAAGAAACAAAGAGAGUCAUCAGACAAUAAGUUGUCAGAGCUGGUCAGUAAAUAUGAUGAAGAGAAGAAAAUUUUGAAGAAACAUUACAACUCCAAUCUGUCUACUGUACAGAAGGAGCUGGAAUCUAAGUAUACCAAGAUUCGCCAGUUAGAGCGGCAACUUGACCAGCAGGAGACAGAUCAAGACGAAAAGAUAACCCAUUUGAAGAUGUCAUUUGAAGAGAAGAUGAGAGGAUUAAUGCCAAGCUCUAUUAGAACGGAACUUGAAAACACCAUAGAAUCGUUGAAAUCCCAGAUUUCAUCAUUGCAGCAGAAGUGUACAUUGCUCCAGGAAGAAUUAGAUAUGCAGAGUAAAUUUCCACUUGGUACAUUUAGUACUAGAACAAGUUCUCCAAUCAAAUCCUCCUCGUGAUGAUGUUUUGUGACUAGAAAAUAUAUAUAUGUAUGUAGGCAGCAUGCACUUCAAAUGUUGACUUUAUUAUUACAUUCACUGAAGCUGAAAUCUUGCCAUUUCUUUUUGAAAAUGUUUUUUUUUUUAUGUCUUGUCGUAGACAUAGUCUUUAUUGGAUGUUAUGUUUUAUCAAACUGGUUAUAAAAAAAUCUGAACUGUUUGUUUAUAAUUCAAUACGAUCAUCAUUGUUGUGCUUUAAGACAACUUUGAACUAUUAGAGCACUCUAAAAACUCAGCUAAAUCAUGAGAUGCAAUGGACCUGACACUUAAUUCUUAAGUGAGGAGGUUUUAAGGACAAUGAUUUAUAAGAGAGGAAACCAUUGGUAUUAAUAUUAUACUAGUUACAGUAAUUCCCAUGUAAUGCAGCUCUAGCGUAAUUAUGCAGUUAAACGUUUAAUGACCUUUGUUUAUAGUAAGUUGUGUAAUGCAGUGCUAUAAUAAUUUACUCAUCUGCCAGUCAUCCUCUCCCAGAAGUGAAAUAAUGAAGUCAGUGUUAGAAGUGUAGGACCAAUUUGACUGUGAUAAUCAUGUUUAUAAAUUAUUUUAUUAUGUAGAUUUGACUUUAUAUUAUAUUUAUGAAUGUGCUAUGGAUAAAUGCCUUCAGGCAAGAGAUAUACCAAGGUACUAAAAUGAGAGAAAAUGUGUGCAGUUCAUUACUGACAGCAUGAGAACACUGUAGACAAGAUUUAAAGACAUUUUAUGUAAAUAUUUGUAACAAGGUAGUGCACACUGUAAUGAUACAAAGUUUUAGGAAUAAGCUAUGGUUGUCUAAUGCUAAGAAUAGCAUGUCCAUAGAGUGUGUGAGGAGCGUUACACGUUUUAUUCCCUCUUAUAAACAGACUCAUUCAAACAGAGUCUACUAUUAUUCUGUGUUCUAUGCCUCAAAAGGAUCUAAGCCUUAUCAAUUUAAUUAUUCUUCCAUAAACCCUGGAUAAGCAAGAAAGUUUGGAAUAUAUGACUUUGAGAGAACAAGUAAAUUUGUUGUCUUGGAAACAUGCCAGUCCUGUUAGGACAUUUUCAAUAACAUAAAAUCAAAGGGGUUGGGGAAGAGUAAAACCUGAUGUUUCUUCUUGUUUGGUAAGUUCAGAUAUUUUCAGUAUGUGAAUGAUUUUCCAAGUGUCUGCUACUUGGUUUUGACAGUAUUUAAGUAUUUGUUAGUUUGUUAGGUAAAAGUGAAUGUUUUGAAGAUAUUUUAUUAUAAAAUCAAAAUGUUCAAAAGCAACACCUUCCCAUUUUAAAUACCCAUUUAAAGAUCCUUAUUUUACGAUUAAUGCAGAUUGACCUUAGAAACUUCAUGACUUCUACUGUAUGACAGAAAUGUAGGUUUGCUAUCAAAUAAUCCUGGCAGUAGUUUACUACUUUUCCUGAACAUGCCAAAAAAAAUGUUAAACCAGAGAAAUUUGAUAAACAGUAAAAACUCUGUUCUAAUAUACACUGAAGUAAUAUAGAAUAUGAUGAGAAGAUAUAAAGUUUCUUUCUACCAUAAUAAAAAAAUGAUAGAGAUAUACUUAUUAUAACAUCGGAUUGUGUUGCAUCUUGAAGUUUGUUGAAACUUGCCUUUUUGGGCACAAUGUAAUGAGAUUGAGGACAAGCAAUCAUCAUAAUAGUUUCAUUUAUUAUGCAAUUUACAUUUCACCUUGAAAAAUCAUUGUAAAUAAAUGUGCUUUCAUAAGUAACCAUGUAUUUGAAACCAUUGAACCAAAUGUAAGCACUUUUUGUUGAAUAUAUGGAUAUUGUUUAUUUUCAGUAUUGCUUAUUCAUAAUAUUGUUUCCACAUUCACGUUUUGCAGUGAAAAAUCAUGCAUGAAAAUGAUACAUGACCUCUUAAAGACUAUGAAUUAUUGAUACAAAAUGUUUGUAAUGCAUAUAUUAAUUUGACUUUACUGUGUGGAUAAUAUUUUUUAAGACAUAAUGAUAUUUUUGUGUGAAGAUCUGAGAAAAGAUUAUAUUUUUGCCUGUUUUAACUAGAUAUUUUUCGUUUCUUUAUAACUGCAUUUAAGUCUUAUUUUUAUCAUAUUUUUGUCUUUUGGCAACUUCAUUUGUUAAGUAUUGCACUGUCUUAUAUUGUGUUUGUAUUUUAAAAGGAAUUAAAGAAUGUAUAAAGAUGCCAUAUUGAGUCUGUGUCACAGUUUUACUGUAAUAAGUGCAUUCAGUUAGUGUAAGCUAGUUAAAGUUUUCCGGCAGUAUAUUCAUGGGUAAUUUAAUACGAGUUUUUUCAUCAUUUAGCAGGAAUGAAAUUGUUUGAUGUCAUAUACUAAUGUGCCUUGUAGCCUGUAUGAAUUGAUCAUGGUAUAUCAGAUAAAUAGUAAUUAUCCUUUGUGAAUUUCCUCUUCGUAACUCUUGUGAGGUGAUUACAAUUGAUUGUCUUAUAAUUAUGAUGGUCAUGAUUAUGUUGCAGUCAUGACCGAUUUAGACUGUUACCAUCAUAGAACUUCCACACAAAAAGGAGAGUUUUGUGAAUUUGAAAUUAUGAAUACAUCAGUGGGCAGUGAUCAUUUUUUUUUUUUAUAGAAUAGUACAUUUUUUUAAAAUGCAGUUCAGUCAAAUUAAAAUGUAAUAAUUAAACCCCUUGAUACAUAGUAUAUAUGGGCUAUAUUUGAGUAACUUAUGCCUGUCUGUACUUUGAGACCAAUUCAUAUCUUCUAAACCACUUGGAAGAUUUUCAUAUGUUUACCACAUCAAAACUACAUGCAGAGCACAUGACCUAGGUCACAGCGUCUAAGGUCAAGGUCAAUUGUAUUGAUAGCUCUAGUUUUUUUUUUAAUUCUAAGUUGAAAGAUAAUUGUAACAGUGAUAAGGUAGGAUGCAGACAGGGCUCUGAUUAAAUACCCAUUUUGUUUUAACAGUAGGUAGAUCACAUCUAUAAGAUUUGUUGUGAAUAUGUUUUCAUUAAUGAAUUUCCUGGUAUAGAAACCAUACUUUAUUUGCUUACAUUGAUUUCAAUAUUGCAAACAUGUCAGAGAACCAAUUUAAUUUGGUUGAUUUAUUUGGCAACAGUUGAUCCUAAUCUGAGCCGUGCCAUGAGAAAACCAACAUAGUGGGUUUGCGACCAGCAUGGAUCCAGACCAGCCUGCGCAUCCGCGCAGUCUGGUCAGGCUCCAUGCUGUUCGCUUUUAAAGCCUAUUGGAAUUGGAGAAACUGUUAGCGAACAGCAUGGAUCCUGACCAGACUGCGCGGAUGCGCAGGCUGGUCUGGAUCCAUGCUGGUCGCAAAGCCACUAUGUUGGUUUUCUCGUGGCACGGCUCAUCUGAUUAAGCAAUAUCUAGGUGGUUGUAUAUAUGGAUAAAUUCAUUAUGUUUCUUUUGUAAACAGGCAAGCGUGACCUUUAUAGAAAUAACAUACUGAUUGUUUUUGUAAAAGUGGAAGAAAUUCAGAGAGAAAACCUUCAGCAGACAUGCAAUAAUACUACUUCUGUCUGGAUAACAAAGUUGUUGACAUGAAGUAUAAUUGGUAGAACAUUUUAUAUGAUAUAUAUAUGUAUAUUUAUGUAAUGUUAUUUGUAACAUGUUUACAUAAAAUUAAAACAAUGUCAGCCAA